GCAUUCCCCCCCCCCCCCCCGCCCCGCUCCCGCGGCCCCGCUCCCGCGUCCCCGCUGUGUUUCUCAGGUACGCACGCGCACAGCCGGGGUGUAUUUCUGAUGACGGUCCACAACCUGUACUUGUUUGACCGAGAUGGGGUUUGCCUGCACUACAGCGAGUGGCACCGCAAGAAACAGGCGGGGAUCCCCAAGGAAGAGGAGUACAAGCUGAUGUAUGGAAUGCUCUUCUCCAUCCGAUCUUUUGUCAGCAAGAUGUCACCUGUGGACAUGAAAGAUGGAUUCCUGGCCUUCCAGACAAGCCGCUACAAGCUCCAUUACUAUGAGACACCCACUGGGGUCAAGGUUGUAAUGAACACAGACCUGGGCGUAGGACCCAUUCGGGAUGUCCUACACCAUAUCUACAGUGGGCUGUACGUGGAGUUGGUGGUGAAGAAUCCGCUGUGCCCACUGGGGCAAACUGUACAAAGUGACCUUUUUCGCAGUCGGCUUGACGCCUACGUUCGAUCGUUGCCCUUCUUCUCUGCCCGGGCUGGCUGAGAACGACAGUCCUCUAGAACUACAUCUGUAUUCAUUCUAUAUCUUCCUGUUUGCUUCCGUCACCUGAGGAGACUUCCAGGACUGAAUUCCCCUCCAGACUCUUCCAACUCCCGUUGCCCUUUGCUUCUGAUGCUCUAAUUCCACCUUGUCACCGCCUCCCUCCCUCCGGUCCCCUUUUUUGCAGCUGUUUGAGAACCGAGAAUAAAACUUUCACCUGUC